UUUCUAUGUAUAUGUAAUACACUAUAUCUAUGGAUGGCCUAUGGAUGGGAAUUAGUGUAAAGUCUAGUGAUGUGACCAUCGAUUUCGGCGACCGUAUUGGCCGUAUUACAAGAGUUUUUCUUUCGCCACCUCAACCAGCAUAUGAAUGGAUCAAUUGACUCAAUUGGUUGAUAGUCUGACCGCCGACGACCUGUUGGCCAUCGAACGAGAGGUCAAAGACUAUGCCUUAGCUAAAGGUAUUGCCUUCAAGUUGGCCAAUUCGCCGCCGGACACGGUAUCGCUGGCACCGUUGACACUGUUUCCGUCGCCGUUUCCCCGCAAACACUUUGACUUCGGUCAUCGACUGCAACCGCUGGUCAAUGCCGUCUCCCAUAAGAUUGCCUACGAUCACGGCUUUCUGGCGGAUUCGUUGGCCAAGACUGUCCAAGUGGACGAUUUUACUGCCAAAAUGUUUGACGUCUAUACUCAGGUCAGACGGGAAGGUAUGGCUCAGACCACUAGUUUAGGUCUGUUUCGAGCCGACUAUAUGCUGGACGAGCGCCCGGACGGUGGCGGCGGCUACGAUCUCAAACAGGUUGAAGUGAAUAAUAUAUCGACCAGUUUUUGCGGUCUCGCGCCGGCCGUACGCGACGUUCACCGACACGUACUGGCCAAGUACGGUGCCAGUGCCGACAUCGGUGACCUUGACAAACGGUUACCGAUAAAUCGGUCUACGGAAUUGAUGGCCGCCGGACUGAUCAAGGCGUACGACUAUUACAAUCGAUCGUCGGCUGUCAUACUGGUAGUUGUCGAGCAGGUAGUGGUCAACAUAUUUGAUCAGCGGGCUAUCGAGUUUACCGUAUCACGGUCGCGGCCCGAUAUUCGACUAAUUCGCCGGACAUUUGCCCAAUUAAGAGACGCCGUGAGAUUGGGCAACAAUCGUGAGCUGAUUGUCGAUAACAAACACGAGGUGGCAGUGGUGUACUAUAGGACCGCAUACGCGCCCCAGGAUUACGCCGGCGACCAGGACUGGGACGUCAGGCUAUUGAUGGAGAGAUCCCGUGCCGUCAAAUGUCCAUCCAUUCAGUAUCACUUGACUGGUUGCAAAAAGAUUCAGCAAAUUGUCAGCAAUCGGCAAGUAGUGGAAAAGUUUGUCGCCGACCGGCGCGAUGUCGACGAUCUGAUGCAAGUGUUUGCCGGCUUAUGGGGUCUGGAAUCGGGCCCAGACGGUGACCAGGCUAUCGAUAUGGCUCUGGGCGAACCCAAUCGAUUUGUAUUGAAACCGCAGCGGGAGGGCGGCGGCUAUAACUAUUUUGGUGGACAACUUGCCCGGAAACUCGACGAGAUUAGACAUACCAAGGAAAGGGAGUCGUAUAUAUUGAUGGAACUGAUACGUCCGCCUAAAGUACCGAACCAUAUACUGGCCCCGAAUAAGUCGUUGGCCGCCAAUAGUUUUCGGCCGUCCAAUAUUACGUGCGAAUUUGGUGUAUUCGGUACAGUGAUGGGCAAUGCCGAUGAAAUUAUACUAAACUCAGAGGCCGGUCAUCUAAUCAGAAGUAAGACCUACGGCACCAACGAGGGAGGAGUGGCCGCCGGUUUCGGUGCACUGGACUCGCCAUACCUUUAUUGAUCUGUUUUUAAUUUCUAGUGUUGUUUAUUAUUUCAGAGUAUAUUAUACUAUAAUUAAAGUUUAGUAUCAAUUGU